UAGUGGCUGUGCGCAAGAAUUGGGAAACCAAAACCACACCGAACCUGUUGAUUAGCCUUUUUUAAAAAAUAAAAUAAGUAGCAGAAAUUUAUGGCCAAGAGACCGUUGCAAAGGUUAUCGCUUGUGAGAAAAAGAAGUUGUAGAACAACAAAGGGGUUUACGGUUUUCGAGGCUGGCGAGUAGAUUUUAGAUGCGGUGGCGGCUCUCGGCGCGCAGAGAGAAGCGUGCGGCUUAAGUGCGCUUCCCGGAAAGGGUUAAGCGCAUUUCCCAUCUUUCGGAGUGGUUUACAGGGGUUAGUUAUUGUGGUGCAGAGGCUGUGGACGGCGCGCUGCUGCGGACAAUCGUGCGAUCAACUUCUUCCAACCCAUCUGGAUCGCCGCCGAAAGCCAAGCAAAUGCCGGGGACGAGAUACGCGGAGUUGGACCUCGACGGCGACUGGGUCGGAGAGUAAAAGUCGCCGGGCUGUUUGAAUUGCGGAUGGACGGGCGCUAGAGGCACGGCCGAGAUGGAAAAUGCUACGGAAAACCCGAGCAAGGCGGCGGAGUAUCUGAAGGAGCUCAAUAAGAUCAUAGAGACGCAGCAGGAGUUGCUGGAGAAGCAGAGGAGCCGCAUCGAAGAGCUGGAGCAGCAAGUGGCCGAUCUGUGCACGGAGAAUGUCUGCUUGAAGGAGCAGCAUCAGCGGCACCUGGCUGCCUGCAGGCUGCAGCCGGGCGCCGGUCACCCUACGUUAGUUGCCAUUAAGGAAAAUGUGAUUCAAGAAAAAUUUGAAUGUGAAAGUUCUCGAAGUGUCAGGCGACACGCUUCUUUGCCGGUCGGGGUCACAGGCUGCCCAGACGACCUCAUUUCCCCACUGUGCGGAAGAAGUUACCCCUGUCGAAAGUGGAGGUCGGCGUCUUUUGGCGUGGAAGGCGACGCGCCGUGCGGAGACGCAGGCUCCUCCCAUGACGGCAGCUACGGGCGAGGCCCAGUGAGGCGCGGAGGCUCCGCCUUCGCCCAGGAGCGUGCCGAGGCGCUGUCCUACGGCCCGCCGGGUCAGCAGCGCUCCCGCCGGCCCAAGCUGCAACACUCUCAGUCCAUCCUACGCAAACAGGCCGAGGAGGAGGCCAUCAAACGCUCACGCUCGCUCUCCGAGAGCUAUGAGCUCUCCAGUGACCUCCAGGACAAGCAGGUGGAGAUGCUAGAGCGUAAGUAUGGGGGCCGUUUCAUAACCCGCCAUGCUGCCCGCACCAUCCAGACGGCCUUCCGCCAGUAUCAGAUGAACAAGAACUUCGAGCGCCUCAGGAGCUCUAUGUCGGAGAACCGCAUGUCCAGACGCAUCGUCCUGUCCAACAUGAGGAUGCAGUUUUCCUUUGAAGGACCUGAAAAAGUCCACAGCUCUUAUUUUGAGGGCAAGCAAGUGUCGCUGACGGACGACGGCGCCGAGCUGGGGGCGCUGGUCCAGGCCGAGCGUGGCGAUGGAGGCAUCCCCGGCAACAUGAAGUCGCCGACGGACCCAGGCGACUUCACGGACGCCAUCACGGAACUGGAGGACGCCUUCUCCCGGCAAGUGAAGUCGCUGGCAGAGUCCAUCGACGAUGCACUGAACUGCCGCAGCCUGCACGGCGAUGAGGGCCCGGUGGAGGCCGCGAGGUCCCACCCCGACCUGGAGGCAACCUAUCAGGUAAAGCCCUCGCAGACUGGAGACCGGCGCAAGCCGGACGAGAUGACGGCCUCCUACAGCGACGUGACACUCUACAUCGACGAGGAGGAGCUGUCGCCCCCUCUUGCGCUCUCGCAGGCGGCGGAGCGUCUCUCCAGCACCGAGUCCGAGCCGCGGCACCGCCAGCUCACCUCCGCCCAGGAGUACUGGGCGCUGGCCCACAAGGACGACAAGGGUGACACGGACACGAGCUGCCGCAGCACGCCCUCGCUGGAGUGCCAGGAGCAGCGGCUCCGCGUGGACCAGUUGCCCCUGCUCACCAUCGAACCACCCAGCGACAGCUCGGUGGAGAUAAGUGACCGCUCCGACCGGGGCUCGCUCAAGCGACAGAACGCCUAUGAUCGCGGUUUCAGCAGCCAGCAGGGCAGCCCCAAGCAUGUCUCCCAUGGGCUCCCUCCCCGGGGGCCGGCCCGCGACGAAGAGCCCCCUAGACACCGGCCCAGGCAACUGGAAGGCCACCUGGCCAUCAACGGCACCGCCAACCGGCAGAGCAAGUCCGAGUCGGACUUCUCCGACGGGGACAAUGACAGCAUCAACAGCACAUCCAACUCCAACGACACCAUCAACUGCAGCUCCGAGUCGUCUUCGCGAGAUAGCCUGCGGGAGCAGACCCUCAGCAAACAGACCUACCACAAGGAGACCCGCAACAGCUGGGACUCGCCUGCCUUCAGCAACGACGUCAUCCGCAAGAGGCACUACAGGAUUGGCCUCAACCUCUUCAACAAGAAGCCGGAGAAGGGGAUCCAGUAUCUAAUAGAGAGGGGGUUUGUUCCGGACACGCCUGUGGGCGUCGCCCACUUCCUGCUCCAGCGCAAGGGCCUGAGCCGACAGAUGAUUGGAGAGUUUCUGGGCAACCGGCAGAAGCAGUUCAAUAGAGACGUCCUUGACUGCGUGGUGGACGAGAUGGACUUCUCAAGCAUGGAACUGGACGAAGCACUCAGGAAGUUCCAGGCUCAUAUCCGGGUCCAGGGGGAGGCUCAGAAAGUAGAGCGCCUCAUUGAGGCCUACAGUCAGCGCUACUGCAUCUGUAACCCCGGAGUGGUGCGGCAGUUCAGAAACCCCGACACCAUCUUCAUCCUGGCCUUCGCCAUCAUCCUCCUCAACACCGACAUGUACAGCCCCAACGUCAAGCCCGAGCGCAAGAUGAAGCUGGAGGACUUUGUGAAGAACCUCAGAGGAGUGGACGACGGCGAGGACAUCCCCCGGGAGAUGCUGACCGGGAUCUACGAGAGGAUUCGCAAGCGGGAGCUGAAGACCAAUGAGGAUCACGUGUCCCAAGUGCAGAAAGUGGAGAAGCUGAUCGUGGGGAAGAAGCCGAUCGGCUCUCUCCACCAUGGCCUGGGAUGUGUACUCUCCCUGCCCCAUCGCAGGUUGGUGUGCUAUUGCCGGCUCUUCGAGGUCCCGGACCCCAACAAGCCCCAGAAACUGGGCCUGCAUCAGCGGGAGAUCUUCCUGUUCAAUGACCUUCUGGUGGUAACAAAGAUCUUCCAGAAGAAGAAGAACUCCGUGACAUACAGCUUCAGGCAGUCCUUCUCGCUGUAUGGGAUGCAGGUGCUCCUCUUUGAAAACCAGUAUUAUCCCCACGGAGUCCGACUCACCUCCGCCAUCCCCGGAGCGGAUAUCAAAGUCCUCAUAAACUUCAACGCCCCAAACCCACAGGAUCGCAAGAAGUUCACGGACGACCUGCGGGAAUCCAUCGCAGAGGUCCAGGAAAUGGAGAAGUACAGGAUAGAGUCGGAGCUGGAGAAGCAGAAGGGCGUGGUCCGGCCCAACAUGUCCCAGAGCUCGGGCCUCAAGAAGGAGGGGGGCAACAGCAACAUGAGCCGCGCCAGCCUGGACGACAGCUACGCCAUGGGGGAGGGCCUGAAGCGCAGCGCCCUCAGCAGCUCACUGCGCGACCUCUCCGAAGCAGGCAAGCGGGGGCGCCGCAGCAGUGCAGGAUCGCUAGACAGCAAUAUGGAAGGGUCCAUCAUUAGCAGCCCCCAUGUGCGCCGGAGGGCCACCUCCACCCGCGAGUGUCCGUCCCGCAGCCAGCAGCCGGCGCAGCUGCCCAACUCCUCCUCCAUCCUGGGGACGCUGUUUGGCGGCAGUGGGGGUGGCAAACGUGUCAAGUCCCCGUCACAGGGCCAUGCGCCGCCGCUGCCCCCGCAGCACCCCACGCUCAUCUCACAUACGCCGCACUCCAGUGCGAUGCACCACGGUGCCCAGGUGGAAACGCAGGCCCAGAUGCACGCGCACCACGCGCAGUUCUGCCCCGCUCAGCAGAACCCGCCUCCGUACCACCAUCACCACCACUACCACCCCCCCGCUCACGUGCAGUACCACCAGUCGCAGGCCGCCCACGGCCCCCACAGUGGGCAUGGCCACGUGGCACACGGCCACACCCCUCACGCUCACGCAUCGCACGCCCACGCCCAGCAUGCCCCACACCACCACGGCCAGCAGCCUGCGCCCCCCCCAGCACCCAGCACCAAGCCCAAACACAGCGGCAUCAGCACCAUCGUCUGAGCUUGAGUGUGGGGGGUGGAAUGGAACGCUCCUCUACAGGCGGAAUUGGUCGGAGGAAUUCUCCCCCCCCGGCGACGAGACACUGUGAACCGCCGGCCAGGAUGGAGGGACGCCAGGGAGAUCAUGUACUUCCAUUUCAAUGGGAGCCCGUCAGCUCCAAGAAGUGAACUUCACGCUGUAUAACGCUCUGCCAGGGAGUCCCAUCGCAUUUGCCCAAAGCCUCAGAGCUCAUGAGAAUGACCAUCUCACAGCCUGAAGGAAACUGAAGGAAAAGCAGCUGUAUCUUACUAGGCUGAUCUUCUAGUUAAUCUCCCACCACAAGGUGUCUUCCUGUCAACGCCACCGUCCAAGGACGAGGCAUACUCACACGCUCUGGCUCCAACUCACUUAGUAAAGACAGAUUACUCAUGGGCUUCUUGCAGGCAUACUCACACGCUCUGGCUCCAACUCACUUAGUAAAGACAGAUUACUCAUGGGCUUCUUGCAAGCAUAGUCACACGCUCUGACUCCAACUCACUUAGUAAAGACAGAUUACUCAUGGGCUUCUUGCAAACAUACUCAAACUCUCUGCUGACUACUGUUCACACAGGUCAAUUGUUUUUCUCAAAAUAGUUCUUACCAUGUGUAUGUUGGUCCAAGUAGAAUAUAUAUAGUAAUUUCAACUAGGAGAAUUAAAAAAAAUUUAGACCAACAGCCAGGAGUUAACUAUUGAGAAUCUGUCAUGAAGAGUAGCUUUUCCAGUAUUUACUGUAUCCGUAGAUCACAGCUUCCUGUGAUAUCUGUUAUCAGUCAUCAAUGUGCCAAUUAUUAAAGCAUCUAUCUAUUUUAGUCUAAGGAUUUGCUUUGUGUAUACUGUGCAUAUAGUAUUUUGUAAAAAUGAUAAUGCUAGCAUCAGAUAUUACUGAUAUCAAAUAGGAUGGACAGAGGCAUCUGAAAAUUCUCAGUAUUAUAUCCUAAAGUAGCAGGCAUAGUCUCUCAAUGUAGAUACAAACUGAAUGCUCUUAAUAGGUAGGCUGUUCACUGACCAGGAUUAUCUCCAGUUGCCUUCGGAAUAGAAUUCUCGAGGAUUCUAGAAUGCGGCUGCAGUCCUCCCGCAUCGCCCUGUGACGUACUGGUCCUCACAGCGGGCCCCCCCUCGGUAAGCCUGCACGGCUCGGGUGCGGGGGGGGGAGGCGGCAGCCCAGCCUCGGCGGACCAGUCCUGGCUGCACCUGUACCAUGGUUUUAUUUUUUUAAGACUAUUUUUUUAGAGAUGAAUAAAACAAAAAUGAAAUGCUGUACAUCAUUAUAUUAUGUCUGUUAAUGGUUUCGGUCUGGUUCUUGGAAGACGUUUUUUAAAGCAAAGGUUUAUUUUUCCCAUGGGAAUUGGAAGCAGACAGGUGGCGGCAGCCAUUGUUCAAAGCUCUCCUCUUUUUUUUCCUCCUCCGAGUUGCUGACAUGGCAUUGAACAUUCUCAGCAGGCUGAGUGUGCCCUUUUAUUGCAAGUCUUCACAGCAUGUAGCGUUCAUUGACUGUUAGCGCCUGCCCCGCCUGAGCGCACACUCAGCUGCUUGCUGGUUCCGGGCCAGUGGCCCACCUGUACUGGACCGAGCCCUCAUGGCGGAAGGACCGGGCCGCAGCGGCCAAGGGUGUAGCGGUCGACCGGAGGGGCGUUUCGUAGCUUCUGUGCAGCGCUGCAAGACUUCCUUCCUUAAUUGUUCUGAUAUGAUUAUUUUGUUUCAUUACAGUGACUUUGCUACACCAUCCCUCACAUGGGUGGCUUUGAGGCUGUUUUGGGUGUAGGCAGAAGGGUGGGGUAAGAGGCAGCAUUUUGGUGCAAGACGCAGGUUUAGGAAGCUAUUGGGACACCUCUGCUUUCGCUUUAGCAAACUCUGUGAAAUUCACUCUGAUGCAGUGUCCCCCAGAGAAAUACCGGCAGAUUAAGAGUUUAACUCCAUCAUUCUGUUCCCCAUUAAUGAAUUGUUCUAAUUUUAUGUGCAAUAUAUACAUAUAUGUGUAUUUUAUUUUAUAAAUUCACUCAUCCUGGGUGUUCUUUAUUUGAGUCCAUGUCUAUUACAUUCUGUCUUUUUUGUUCUGAAAAACAUUCUCUUGACUCAGACUUGAGUGUUUCCUUGAUAUUUCAGGAACCUGCUUUCUGCAGUGACGACGAAUGUAAAAGAAAAUAAUCUUGCAUGUAAUUUUAAUAUUGUGAGACUAUUCUCUACAUAUUGUAUAUUCACAAUAUAUAUCAGUGUUACUGUUGACUAUUGUUGAAGUUAAGUGAUCACAUAUUGAAAUAUGUAGACUUCUCUUCAUACCACUGUAUACCAAUGUAGAAUCUGUUAUUGGGUGGUCCAAAACAGAUAUAUUUCAUUGAUAUAUCUUCUUCCAUUUGUCUCAAUACUGGAAAACAUACACUGUCCAGUCAGUGGUGCAAAAAAGUGUGUACAGUAUGUCCAUACCUUUGUAGACUCUUCAAUUAGGCAGUGUGUAUGGUGUCCAGUUUACAGAUUAGGAGUGAAAGGGUUACUUAUUUACUCACAACUGGUAUGGUAAAUAUAUGUACAUAUACACAUACCAACACAGGCACUUAGCUCUAACGAAUUACGUAAUUAAUAUACUAGAAAAAUCUGAGAUUUACAGAUUUAAAAUAAAUCGGCGAAUUCCUAACAUUAACUGUCAACAAACACUCGCCACUGAUUAGAACAAUCUGGAAGAACAUCGAAAUAAAAUUUCUACUAGACAGCCCUAAAACUGGUAUUUACUGGUGUAACUGGGAGUCAUUUGAAUUUUUCAACAUUUGUUGUUUUUUUUUUUACUACUACAUCCUUUCAGUUCAUUAAUAAACUCUGUAGUAACCUGAAAAGCGCUUGGCAUAAAUGGUCUUCUAUAACACGUCAGCCACACCCAUAAGAUCCCGCGCGGGACGGAGCCCCUCCCACACCACAGUGCAUGCCGCCAGUCCCUUCUUGCUAACCAAUGGAAGUGCUUUUCUUUUCUUUCUUUCGUUUUUUAAAAGCUUGACGUUAAUGGCCGUUCCAUUUUACACGGUUUGUUACUGGAGCACAGCACACACCUCAUUUCUGUACGCCUUGUAAAAAAAAAGAUAAUAAAAAGAAAAACACCAUGCACUUUGGCCCAAAAGCUGAGGACUUUCGCAAUGUAUAUAACUCGAGGGAGGGACUAUAGCGAAACGACUCUCAAGGGAUAUGUAAAGGAAUGGGAAGUCAAGGGUUGUUUCGUUUGGGGGGGGCUUGGUGAUGGGGCUGCCCGAGUGUCACAGGGGAUAUUAAAUUGUAUAGUAUAUAGUCUGUAUAUUAUUAGUACUUCUAUACAGCACCUGUAGUCAUAUUGGGGGGAGCACCGUACCUCCUCCCUAGAAGAAAAGAAGUCAUCACAUAUCUGCUUCUGCUUCCAAACAUAUCAAACUGUCAUAUAGUAUCUAGUUCGUAAAAAGACUGUUACAUAAUUCUCUACAACGUUUUCCUUUUCAUCUCGGGACGCUUCUGUCCCCUCAGACUUGAGGCCCAUUUUGUAAUUAAAAAGGGAAAAAGGGACGAGUGCUUUCAUUUUAAUAUGCAUUGUUUGUAAGUAGAUAAGACCCCUAUCAAUGUUAAACUAUAACUGUGACAAUGUUGAGAACGCAAAAAUAAAAGAAUAUGAGACGAA